AAACAGUUUCUCGGCAAAGCAAACACCACGCCGGACACCACAGUAAGAAGGAUGAUAGGUCAAGUGGAACAUCAGACAUUGAGGGCAGUGGAGGACCAACAGCUCAUAGAGAAACUUGCAACCAUUUGGAACUGCAGUUGGCGGGUGACCAAUGCAAAGAAGCGAUAUCUUUCAUGAAUCAUUGUGCAGAAAAGGACCUGAUUCUUGAGAAGAUGAAAGCAACAUUCAAGCACAGACAGCUUCUUAUUCAUGAUGCAGCGAAGUCCAAUACAGUGCUUUCAGUUUUUCCCAGAUUUCUCGACACUAAGGGAUUGAUACUUCAAGAUUUUGACAUCCAAUUUGGAACAGAAACAGCCUCCAGACUUCUUGAACAAUGGGAUAGUCUAAAGCCCAAGAUCAUUGCAGAAGCAAGAACGCUUACUUCGACCUUGCAUCUGAACAGCCUGCUUUCAGAUGCCCAGGGUAACAGACAAGACGAGGAUUCCGAUUGGCAAGGAUGGGAAAGUGAUAUGUCCUCUAUUUUACUCCUGGCCUACCUUUUGCCACCUUCAGCUGGUGGUAGGAAUAAAUCUACCAAGAUAAGCAUCAGAGAGGCAAUGGACCAUAUUGUGCAGUUUCACAAGGCUUGCCGUAGUCUAACUGAACACAUUAACAAGACUGAAGGCCUUCAACCACAUCUCCUUGCAGUUGGCUCAGCGAAGAGCGUCAUCCAUGAUUUUUACAUCGUGAUGGAUGGGAAUCUGCUUCCAUGUCAGGCAAAGUCUUCACUUUCUGCCUUUGAUGAACUUUUUAAAGCAUACUGUGUCUUUAGCGCGUCUUAUCCUCACUGCUUAAGUGCAAUGUAUACAUUCAUCCAGACAACUAUCUACAAGAUAGAUCUUGGUAUUGUUCGUGAAACCCCUAGGGUUAAGGACCUACGAGCUAAACUUUUGAACUAG